AUGGCGUCUUCCCUCGCCGCGCAGUUGUCGCAGAUUGCGGCCAACUCCACCAACCAGUUGAACCUCAAGGCACAGAGACUUGCGCAUUCAAAGUCUCUGAUAUUUGACAAGCGGGUCGCCGGGUCGCAGGAUUUUGAUACGAUAUACGAUAUUUGCUAUGACGGUUUCCGAGAAUUAUGUCAGUUGGAUUUCCGGUUCGCGCAGUUUGAGCGCUCGAUCUUCAGCGAGCAAAGCAAGGUCCAAGACCGGACGGAGAUGAAUGUGGAGCAGAACAGAGAGCUGGAUUCUGUAUUAGAGGCUUUUUUGGCGCUUGUCGGUGGGAGACUGCUUUUGAGCCCGGCCGUAAAGGCUGUUGAGUGGCUCAUUAGGCGCUUUCGGGUACACGAGUACAACACCCGCUUUACUAUCCUCACAUUUUUACCAUACUAUUCCACACCCGUAUUCCUGAACCUACUCGCUAUUCUCCCGGACGACCUUCCGUCAGCGCUCAAGGUGCUGAUUCCCUAUAAACGAAGCGCGAUCAAUCCUGUUCGCCAGGCCCUCGUGCAGAACGCCAUCUCUAAUCGAGACCUCAUAACUACUCUCAACAACUAUGUCCUUCAAGUUUGCCGUCAACGGGCCCACCAUCAUGCGCUGUUAGCUUUCUGGGCGGGUAUAAUUACGGAGGGCGUUGCAGGGAUGUUGGAUUCCUCCCGGUCUGGUCGUCGAAAUGUUGAAAAGCAAAAGCACGACGAUAUUAUCCUCCAGAUCCUCCCAGUCCUUAAUGACGGAUUCGCCAUGAAGGACGUUUCCGAACUUGUGAUUGGGUGCUACAUGGUUUGCGUUGUGCUCGCACAGAAGGCUGAACUCCAAGACCGGGUUUUGGACGGGUUGAUGGAGGCUGUCACAGGAUCUUGGACGGAGGAGACUAUGAGUUCCGGACUUAUCUGCGUUGCAGUUCUAGCACAACAGAAGCCUGACCCUAUAUUGCCGAAGCGGGUGUUCAAGGCGAUGCUUCGCAUGAAGGACCCCUUGAAGCAGUUGGCCGAUAUCUCAACAGAGUACAAAACCUCCCAACUGCUUCUUGGUCUAGUUGCUGGCUGCGUUGACAGCUUGUCAACCCAAAAAGAUUCCGCACGGCUGGAACUGCUGUCUUCGAUGUUCAAGAGCCAGCUCUUAAAUGACGCCGACACGGCAAAGGCCAUGACCUUCGUUCUCCAGGCCGCAAGCGCUGUUGGUGGCACGAUUUCUCUGGAUACUCAAACCCAAAUUGCAGAAAUUGUUCAACAUUUCAGCCGGUCUAGCUCAUUGCAGCCGGUCUUCCAGAAGGUGAUCGACGAGUCAUCCAUCGAUCUCAGCGUGAUAGAGUACAACUUGCAGACUGUUAUUGAGUCUGUGCCCGUCAACAAGGCCAUCGAAGACGUCGAAAUGGAGGAUGCAGACAAAACGGAAACAGCAACGGAUGGUUACGACUCAGCCCUCGAGUCCUUAGCAAAAGAGAGCUCAUUCAGCACCUCGUUUCUCACUGCGCAGUCCAUUCCAGUCUUCGAUAAGCUUGUUCAGACUUUCGCAUUGUCUGCUGGCUCCCCGGAGAGGGUCAGCGCUUUCGUCGAGCUGCCAGUUCUAUGCAAAGCUAAUGCCACAACAUCACCCCAGUUUCUUUCCUUUUUUGUCCGAGUUUUCACCGGGAUGUACCCCGCUGGUGUCAAAGCAGCUGCAUUGAAGACAAUCUCUUCGAUUGUCAGCUCCGCCGCGUGGUCCGAUGUUGACGUUCAAGCGCUGCUCCCUUUCAUGCUCAUUGCCUUAGCUGAUCCCUCAGAAAGAGUGCGCUCCGGAGCAGUUGACGCCUUGGCGAACAUUGGAAAAGUCGUCGAUAAAAAGAAGAAGUCUGGUGUGUGGGCUCGCGAUUCUUUAUAUGGCAAGUCAAUGCAUAUUCCCUGGCUGUCCAGCAGCGACUUCCAAAAGAUCUUGGAGCGAGCUGUACUUCCUGAACUAGAAGAAUGCCGGUCUGACGGCGAGCAUAUUGGCCGAGCUCUUGAAAAUGCCUUGCGAGGGGCAGCAUCAGAUUCUGCUUCGGCGAUUAAAAAGCCUCUGCGAUUGGCCUUCUUCACAUAUCUUUGCUCACAUGCCGUUCACCUUCCGCUCUUUGCGCCUAGGGCGGGCCUACUGAACCUGCUCAACCGGGUUGACAAGGCUGGUGGCACGACCCGCACUAAGGAACUAGAGCCGUUAUUGAAGAAAUGGCGAGACAUGAGUGAACAGGAGGUGGCUGAGGUCCACGAAAAGGAGCAAAUCUCUGUAUCCGACUUCGAGGCCCAAGUGUUGAAGACAGUUACGCCGAAGGAAAAGGAUUCGAUCAAUCUGCUCCUUUCCACCGUCACACCUUAUUCACCAUCAUUGAGGGCGUCCUUUGUCUCCUCUGUCUUCAAUCGCAUCAGUGAAAUAUGGGGCAAGGUGCCUGAGGAUCGACAGAUUACUGCUGCUGAGAAGCUCUUUGAGCUCUCGACCCAAGCCUCGGAGUCUCCUCUCGUCGAUAACGCCCGGGAUCUUCUUCGUCGCGUGGAGCUUCCUGGUCCCGUCCUUCUCAAUUACCUCCAGCAGAUUCCCGCUUCUAUCACUGACAUUGAUUCUCUGGGUCCUGCGCCGAAGCGCAGAAGGACGAGUCAGAACAACAUGGUUGCAAUGACCACCAAAGAUGAGGCGAAACUCAGCAAGUUGAUGGACAAGAUGACCUUCAUUUUGGAACUUGUGGACGGCUCCAGCCCGGAAGCCCAUCCAGAGCUCACGGAAUGGUUGUUCCAGACUCUGGCCGCUCUGCACCAUUUCAAGUCUCAGAUCCAGUCCGGCAUGAGCUACCUCCUCAGCUUGACACUUGGCAGUCUCCUGGCCAUUGUCAACCGUUCCAGAGCGAGUAGCAAGCCUCAGUUCGAUACAUCAGUUGUUCGCGCUGACCUGGUCGUUGACUGUGUUCGCACAACGGAAAGCCCUCAGGUUCAGAACACCGCUCUCCUUCUGGUUGCUGGCCUGUCUGUCAUCGCGCCCGAGCUGGUUCUCCACAGUGUGAUGCCAAUUUUCACCUUCAUGGGUUCUAGCGUGCUAAGAAAGGACGACGAUUACUCUGUUUCCGUUAUCGACCAGACUAUCGACCAGGUAGUUCCUGCUCUCAUCCAAUCCCUGCGUCAUCAGAAGCGUGAUGUUGUUUCUGGAACAUCAGAGCUCUUGCUAAGCUUUACUGCCGCCUUUGAGCACAUCCCGUCUCAUCGCCGUCUACGCCUAUUCCAUGCCUUAAUCACGAAGCUCGGAACGGAAGAGUUCUUGUUUGCGGUCCUGGCAAUGCUCGCCAAUCGAUACUCUAUGGACAAAGCGGUUCUAGUCCUAAUGACUGGGCUUGUCUCUGAUGCUGACGCUACGGUCGAACUGUCAACCUACAGUAAAUUCCUCAAUUUGGUGGGCGACUCCCUCAAGUCCAAGCCGGGCAUCUCGCAGGUUCUCCUUGGCAUUGGAAGCGACGAUGGCCGCGAGCCUCACAAGGUUGCUGCGGACCUAUUGCGCGCACUGGCCUAUCUCUUUAAGCAUUCAUCUUUGAAGGUGAAGAUUGCUCGAGCGCUCACCACGGAAACCGAUGACUCUGAGCGGAUCCGCGCUCUUUUCUCCAACAUCCUUGAGCAAGUCCUAGCCAUCGGAGAGUCCAUGCAGAGCGUCAAGCCGGUCCACCAGGCCGCUGGUGAUGUUCUCAGUGGUCUAUUCAGUACCCUCACUACAAUCGACUUCCUCGAUACUAUCGAGGCACUCUUGAAACGUCCCGAUGACGCGCUCCGCCGGAAGGUUCUCAGCUUGCUUGCCACUCGCCUGCAACAGAGCCCUGAGCGCGACGGUGCUUCGCAAACGCGCAUGCUCGACUUCCUGACAGUCCUUGUUGACAUCGUGCAAUCGUCCCCUGACAUUCUGCUCAAACAUGCCGCGGUUACUUGCAUCGACCGCAUCACGGAGAAGUACGGCAAGAAGGAGCCGUCCAUGGUCACUUCUGCCGCGCAGGUUGUCGCCAGCGCCUCUUGCAUCGGCCAAGAGGACGAUCGCAUCCGCAUCAACGGCGUGCUGUGCCUUGCUUCGAUGGUUGAGGUUCUUGGCCAAGCAAUGAUCCCUGCCCUUCCAGAGGUUCUCAACCGGUCUCUCGCUUUGCUCGAGUUGAGUUUGGAAACCAACAAGGUCAAUGCCAGACUCCAUGAUGCAGUCUUCACUCUCUUUUCUGCCCUCUUCGUCCAUCUCCCCUACAUGGUCUCAGCCUCCCACCUCGACCGCCUGCUUGUGCUCUCUUUCAAAUCAGCCGCCUCCGAUGAGGAUCUCGACAAUGAGAACCGCCAAGAAGCGCUGCACUUUAUGGCGCGCAAGGUAGAUAUGGCCGUAGCACUUGCCUCCAUCGAGCGCAACUGGACACAAGCUGUUUCUGCUGGCCCCUCCGCUACGCAUGAGGUUUUGGACGCCAUUAGCCUCAGCAUCGAGAAACAUCCCAAGUCUGCUACGAUGAAGAACCUUUCUGUCCUGACAACAAUUCUCUUCCGGGCAUUCGACCUCCGCCGAGAGCAGACACAGUCUUCUGAAUCGGCGUUCGACGCGUCAGAUCUCGAGGAGAUUGAAGAUCUGAUCAACGAUGUCACGAUCAAAAUGAUCUACAAGCUCAACGACACAGCGUUCCGUCCUAUUUUUAUCAAACUCGUCGAGUGGGCGACCGGGCUUCCAGAGAAGAAUACCCAAGGCGGCUUGGCAAGGUUGACUACCUUCUACCGCUUCCUGCAGGUCUUUUUCGGUACUCUUCAGUCCAUUGUCACCGGCUACGCCAGCUACAUCAUCGAAAGCGUCGUUUCCGUGCUCGAAACAGCCAGCCCCUCAAACCCGAACACCAAAUCCCUUUGGCUUGCAACAAUGCGUAUGCUCCGCAGCGCCUUCGAGCACGACCAGGAUGAAUUCUGGCAAUCCCCCUCACAUAUCACCAAGAUCUCCACACCUCUAAUCUCCCACCUCCGCCACGCCACCUCCACCACAACAGGAGCCCUUGUCGCCACGGAAACAAUCCCCACAAUCACCGAGCUCGCCGUCGCUGCUGACUCAACGGACAAUCAUAAGGAACUAAACACCGUGCUUAUGCGUUUCCUGCGGCCGUCUAGCGCGUCCCUUUCCAGCAGCAGUACCAAGAGGGCCGGUCCUGGUCUUGGCGGCGAUAACCCGCAAACCAGAAUUGCGGCGCUGAAGACCGAACAAGCGCUCACGGAACACCUGGGUGAAGACUGGCUUGCGCUCUUGCCAGAGAUGUUACCGUAUAUCAGCGAGCUGAUGGAGGAUGAGGAUGAGGGCGUUGAACGUGAGGUGAGAAAGUGGGUUAAGCAGAUUGAAGGCGUGUUGGGGGAGAGGUUGGAUGAUAUGUUGACUUAG